CCGGAGGCAGCAGACUUGCGGCUCGCCGCAGGGAGGCGCAGGCACCCGUGUCCCGCCGCCGCCGCGUGCCGCGUGCCGCCCCGCCCCACGAAGUGGAGCUCGCGCCUGCGCAGUAAGAACGGCGGCACGGGCGCGGCGGUGCAUUGUGGGAGCCUUGCGGCUCGCCGUCGCCCCGCUGCUGACUGGGUCUCUCCUGCCCGCCGCCACCCCGAGACCAGGGGCCGAGAGGAAGCGCCGGAGCCCGCAGUUCUCCCCGGAGUCCCCGCCGUUCCCGCCCGCCACCCUGGAGCCACUGAAGGACGUCCACGUGGGCCUAGCCCCACCCGGCCGCGACCCCACUCGCCUGGCCGUCCUCUCGGGCCACUACCUCUACUAUCACUACGGCUGCGACGGCCUGGACGACCGGGGCUGGGGCUGCGGCUACCGCACUCUACAGACGCUGUGCUCGUGGCCAGAGGGCCGGGCCGCGGGCGUGCCCGGGGUUGCUGCCGUGCAGGCGGCCCUGGAGGACAUGGGCGACAAGCCCCCCGGGUUCCGGGGCUCCCGGAGCUGGAUCGGCUGUGUGGAGGCCAGCCUCUGCCUCCACCAUUUCGGAGGGCCCCAGGGGCGCCUAUGCCACGUGCCCCGUGGAGCCGGGCUUGAGAGGGAGCUGGAGAGGCUUUACUCCCACUUCGCAGGGGGCGGAGGGCCUGUCAUGGUUGGGGGCGAUGCGGAUGCCCAGUCCAAGGCCUUGCUGGGAGUCUGUCUGGGGCCAGACACUGAAGCCUACGUCCUGGUAUUGGACCCUCACUGCUGGGGUGCUCCGAAAAACUCCACUGAACUGCAGACUGCUGGGUGGGUGGGCUGGCGAGAGGUAAGCACAGCCUUUGACCCCAACUCGUUCUACAACCUGUGUCUGACCAGCCAUAACGCCAAAAAGCAACAGCAUGCCCUGGACUGAGGCUAAGGUUCCAGAACUGAGACUGGGUCUCUGGCCCCAUACACAUUCACCUACCCGCCUCUCAGGCACAGGCUGCUUGAUGUCAGGCCCCCCAGGAACAGGAAGUCCAAGCAGAGCCUGCGCCCUUUGGGCUCAAUAAAGAGGCAAGACCCAGCUAACCAUGGCCCCAGCCAAUUUGGGGGAGAAUUGGGGAAAUACAUAAUAUAUAGUCA